CAAGCGUUUCUCUGAUAUUUGGAAUUAAUUAAAAAGAAAAGAAAAGAUGAGUUCAAGGAGCAAAGCAUGGUUAGUGGCAGCAACCAUUGGAGCUGUGGAGGCCUCCAAAGACCAAUUAGGUCUAUGUAGGUGGAAUUACAUGAUCCGAUCGGUGAAUCAACGUAUCCGAAACAAUGUGAGAUCCGCUACUCAGGCGAACAGGUUCUCUUCUUCGUCCACCACCGUUGUCGCCUCCUGUAAGGAUGGUGACAAGGCCAAGAAAGCUGAGGAGUCUCUCAGGACAGUCAUGUACUUGAGCUGUUGGGGUCCUAAUUGAUGACGAUGGAUCAAAGAUUGGAUCCGACAGGUUGUAUCUAUGUUGCGGAGUUUACAAUGGAAAGCCCAAGAACUCUAGAUCGGAGGAAACUACGGAAUCUCAAAUCGACGCUAGGAGUUUUGGCGUUUUGAUGGGUUGUUUUCGAAUGCACAUGAUUAAAUUGUAGAGGCAAAAAUGGUAAUUGUACAAAGUGUAGAUGAAUAUAACAUUUUAUGAUCAUGCUACAUCUCAAGAUAUAAGCUUCCAAUUCCA